AUGAGCUCUCUUCGCUUUGCCCGCUCUGCUCUCAGGGCUCGUCCCUCAGCUCUCCGCGUUCCUCUCCAGCGCAGAGGUUACGCUGAGGCUGUGUCGGACAAGAUCAAGCUUUCUCUGGCCCUUCCUCACCAGACUAUCUUCAAGUCGACCGGCGUUGUCCAGGUCAACAUCCCCGCCGAGUCCGGAGAAAUGGGUGUCCUCGCCAACCACGUUCCCUCCAUUGAGCAGCUGAAGCCCGGUCUCGUUGAGAUCGUUGAGGAGGGUGGUGCCAACAAGAAGUUCUUCCUCUCUGGUGGCUUCGCCGUCGUUCAGCCUGACUCUGCUCUGAGCAUCAACGCCGUGGAGGCAUACCCCCUCGAGGACUUCAGCGCCGAUGCUGUCAAGUCCCAGAUCGCCGAGGUCCAGAAGAUUGCCAAUGGUAGUGGCAGCGAGCAGGACAUUGCUGAGGCUAAGAUUGAGCUUGAGGUUCUGGAGACCCUGCAAGCCGUCCUGAAAUAGAUACCUGAUGUACAUAACCACUCGCGAUUGCAAUUCUGAACUUGUAGAAUUAUAACAAUUCUCCGGCAAGGUUCUUUCAAUAAUACUUGCACCUUACCAUACCAUGUCCCUACUCUGGAGUCCUAACCCUUAGGAGAUCGUUGUGUGGCACGGGAUCACGCCUUCCCAAAAUGGAUUCGCAUCCUGUCUAACUUCCCUACUUGGCCGCAAUCAUAUUUU